AAGUGUGAAUGCCGGAAGUGCGUCAGACGCAGCGCUUUAGUUUAGUGACAGCCGUGGGCUCGUCGCUUGUGGUUCACAGCCGAACGACGUUCCUUCGGGUCGGGCCUUCGUGUGACGGCUCUGUGCGUGAACCCUUUUCACUCGCACGGUACCUUACUAUGGCAGCCGCGGACCCCCGGUCGUCGAGUGACGGCCGACCGGCGAGCAGAGGCGGAUACCCGGGCGGGGAGAGCAGCAAAGACCGCGACGGAUCGGGCGGCGGCAACGGGGAAGAUGAUCGGGACCGAGGCAGCUUCGAGUGCAACAUUUGUUUCGACAGUGCUAAGGACGCUGUCAUCAGUAUGUGCGGCCACUUGUUCUGCUGGCCUUGCCUCCAUCAAUGGUUGGAGACGAGGCCCAGCAGACCCCAGUGUCCUGUGUGUAAAGCGAGCAUCAGCAGAGACAAGGUCAUCCCACUGUAUGGACGAGGGACCUCCAGUCAAGAGGACCCCCGGUUGAAAACGCCUCCAAGGCCUCAGGGACAGAGAACUGAGCCAGAAAACAGAGGCGGGAUGUUCCAGGGUUUCAGCGACACCAGUUUUCACAUGUCGUUUGGCAUAGGCGCUUUCCCCUUCGGCUUCUUCACAACUGUCUUCAAUGGCAAUGACCCAUUUCACAGAGGAGACCAGUACGCAGGUGAAGCCCAAGGCAACGGUGGUGAUGUCAACAACGGGAAUUACAAUUGGCAAGACUCCCUCUUCCUGUUCGUGGCCAUUUUCUUUUUCUUCUGGCUGCUGAGCGUGUGACGAAGGGCGAGCGGCGAAGGCGGACGGCCAGACAGGGGGGGAAGGACGGACGGGGCUUGCUCACUUGGAAUGCACACAUAACCUGAGCCACAUACACACUCAUGUUACAUUUCCAAUGAGGUACUAACUUGAGAGAGCGGUUGUUUGCAAAAUUGUCACACCGAGCCCCACCAACCUGCGCUUUGUUCAUGCAAAAGAGUAAAAAAAACAACCGUUUAAUUAGCCUCACUGAACAUGCACCUGCCGAUGGUCACAGAAACGAGGGCGGCAAUAAACUUUAAUGGUCUCACUGUAAGAAUAAUCAGUCUGCCUUUAGAAAGUUAGAAGAGACAGUAUUAUGUGGUCAGGGUGACCGGGCCUUACUCUAAUGGCUAUUUCUAGUGUAGUCACUUUAAUUCAUCCCACUUCCCCUUCCCCAAGCCGAUGACAGUGGGAGAGUUUUGAAAACAGGGAUGAGGAGGAGACCUAACACCGGAGGUUACCAUAAUUUUUCUGCCUCUAAAAGGCCAAAGAGUAGCAGUUUGGUUCUGAAUAAUAGGAUUUGUGCAGAUAUGUUUAAACUGUUUGUCUUAAAAAAUGACUGCCAGUGCACUGUGAUGUCCAUUGAACAUGUUCUUUUUUGUUUUUGUUUAUCAUUUAUUGUUCUGCAUAGGUAGUACCAAAACUUCCCAAAAUAAGAGCAGAGGAAUGGGAGAGUGCAAAAUGAGAAAUCUCAAACCAUAUUGGGAGAAUGAUUUCACUUAAUACCAGGCAGAUUUGCCAUAGUUCAGUGAACUAUUUCUUUUGUGAUCUAAACUGUAAACUAUUUGCUGUAUGUCAAGAGCGAGUGAUGAAUUUGUAUAUAGAGGUAUUGUACGUUUUUUGUGGGUUUUUUCUUUUGGUCAUUUUGAAUACAUUAGCAGCUAUGGAGCAAACCAGGAUGCUUUUUGUAAAUUUUUGCCAACCAAGGUUAACCCAUCUGCCAAUGUCUACCAAUUAAAAAAAAAAAAAAUGA